AGAUCUGCUUCAAUAUUUGAGAGAUAACAAAGCACACACUUUAUCACACACUUUAUUUACCCGUUGAAUCACUCGUCGGCCGUAAGUGUAUUCUAUAUUUGUGAUCAUGCGCAUUACAUAAGUAAACUUACAUAGGAUUUUGCUUUCUUGGAAAGGUAUUCGGACUCAGACAUGGAUGGGGACCAAGAAAAGAUUCCAUUUGACACCAAGAACAAUGAUAAACCAGAAAUCCACCAUGAGGAAAAAUUCGAGAAACACCGCAGAACAAUCGGACGUUUCCGUAUUUUAAUGAUCGCUGCGGGUAUUAUAAUAUUUCUUUUAUUGAUUAUUAUGAUAGUAGUGGCCGUGGUAAAGAAAAUGGAGAAGAUUCCACCCUGUUCAUCGGGUCAAAGUGUGGACCUGUCGGAACCCGACAAUCCGUCAAUGUUCCACGAUUUAACAUCUAAGGAAAUAAAAGGACUAAUGGAAUUUUUGUACAAACAAAAGGAUCUUAAUCUAACAAAACCCGAAAAUAUCAGAGUGAAAUCUUCCUACAUCUUCACAGCAGAGCUCCAUCUUCCCAACAAAGCGGAUGCUGUUUCUUAUCUUGCCAGUGGUGCUGGACAAAAACCACCAAGACAAGCCCGGGUCAUCAUAUUCCGUGGAGAUUUGCAAACUCAAAAGAUUAUGGAAAUAGUUGUGACUCCACUACCUAAACCAACCCAUUAUACAAUAUGGAAAGACGAUAUCCUUUUCCAAUAUCGGCCUAUUACCGGUCCCGAUUAUGGUGGGGCUUUGGAAAGUAUCACACAGGAGACAGAUAAAAAGGCUCGUCAGCUUCUGCUCGAGAGUUUUGGCGGAACACUUACGAACUGCGAAAGUACAUGUCUAAUUUACAAGUACAUCUCACCUAUGUCAUCUGCAAUCAGCGGCCGUAAAAGGCGACUUUACUGGUUCUGGAUGUCUCAGUUUGUUGAUUUUUAUAUUUUACACCCAGUCGACUUUGCCGUCUUAGUUGACAUGGAUGAUCCGAAUUAUUCUAUUGAGAAGAUUUGGUACAACGAGCACACAUUUGACACCCUUGAAUCUUUGGUGAAUCAAUAUGAUGAGGGAAAACUGCAAAAGAAACACUUGUUAUUCCCCGUCAUGUCUGAAACAUUGUUUUCAACCCUAAACAGACGAGGCACAGAGGUUCCGGAGUCAAAACAACGUCCACCAAUUUUGAUUGAACCCGAUGGCAAGCGAUACAGCGUCAAAGGUCAGCACGUGAAAUACAUGAACUGGGACUUUGAUUUCAGGAUGUCGAGUACUCGAGGCCCGCAACUGUACGACAUUCGUUUUCAGAACGAUAGAAUUGUGUAUGAACUUGCUUUACAAGAAGUAAGCGUCUUUUAUUCUGGUUAUAAACCUACACAGAUGUUUUCGAACUAUUUCGAUUCGACCGCUAUGAUUGGUCCUCAGGAUAAGGGCUUAGUUCCUGGAGUAGACUGCCCCUCACAUGCAACAUUCAAGGAUGUUUCCCAUGUUAUGGAAGCCUCUGAUAAACCAAUUACUUAUAAAAACGCAUUCUGUGUGUUCGAGUUAAACACCGGAAUGCCUCUUCGAAGACAUCAUUCAUUUUCUUCUUUUCAUGGAACAAUGUAUGAGGGCGUUCCAAAUUAUGUAUUAGUCCUCAGGUCGAUUCUUGCUGUGGUUAAUUACAGUUAUCUCCUGGACGUCAUAUUUUAUCAAACUGGAGCCAUUGAAGUUAAAGUAGUCUCCACAGGCUACAUUCUUGCUACCCCUUUCACUGCAAACGCCAAACAGUUCGGUGUACAAGUCAGCGACAAUAUCAACGGGAACCUCCACCACCACAUGUUUAGCUACAAGGUGGAUCUGGACAUUGAAGGGACACAGAACCGUUACAGAACAUUAGAUAUCUCUACUACAGACUCUCCUAACCGAUUUCAUCCAAAUCCAAAUGCGAAAAUUACUCAAGGCCAGUUUGUUGUUUCCGAAAAGAAGUCAGAAAUGGAAGCUGCUUACAAAUUUAACUUCGAUACUCCUAAGUAUCAUUUGUUUUAUAGCAAUCUGAAAAAUAACAAGUUCGGUGUUCCCAAGUCAUAUAGACUCCUAAAUCGAGGAAUGAGCAAGCAACUGUUGCCUGAAAAUGUGGGUAAUGAACCGGCCAUGGCCUGGAUGCGUUACCAGAUGGCGGUCACUAAGCGUAAGGAAGACGAAAGAACAAGUAGCACUAUUUAUAGUGGAUUAGAUGCGUUGUCACCAGUUGUCAACUUCGAUGAAUUCCUCAAUGAUGAUGAGUCUAUUGUUGAUGAGGAUUUGGUUGCCUGGGUGAGUAUGGGUGUCCAACACAUUCCCCACACAGAGGAUCUCCCCGUCACCCACACACCUGGAAUGGACCUCAGCUUCUUCUUGUUGCCCUACAAUUAUUUCCCAGAAGACCCAGCGAUGGGAUCACUUGACUCUGUCAGGAUAGAGCCAAACAUUUACAACAAUCCAAAAAGUGGUGUUCGAGUGACUGGAAUGAAGAGUGAGAAUUUACAGUGUAAACCGCCUGUAAACAGUUAUCAACAGAAGGUGGAGGCGGAUCCAAGCAUUUUGUUUGAGACAGGCGAUGGUCAAUCCACGACUGUAUAGAUUAUGAGUAUUUGACCAGUUAAAUCUGAGAAUGUGACUAUCAUACUUUUUCAAAAGUAAGGUUUUCUAAUCUACUUCUCCUCUCACCCUUUACAAUGUUAGCUAGAAAAAAUCCGGACUGUGCUAAGCGUCAAUUAUCUAGUAUUUCCCGAGAUGUGUUCUUUGUAAAACAAUUUGUUUAACGAGAGUGUCACCUUCAAAGUUUACUAACUAAGUUUGUCAAGGGUUUGUGUAGAAGGGGGUUGAAUAGAAACAAACUAUUGAUUUGAGAAAAUGCUAAAAUCAAGUAAAACCGAGAUAUAGAUGGAUUGCAUGUUCGAUGGAAGAGUGAUACUUUUCAAGAAAGAAAAAUAUUGUUUGCUUGAAUUUUAACUCGUUUAAUGUAUUUUUAUCAAGUUAUGGUACGCUUGUUAAUGAAUGUGAAUGAAGUAUUGAGCAAGUCAGACAAGAAUGUUCAAUCGCAAAUUUUAUAUGUACAGGCAUUAUAUAUCAGUUGAUACACUGUAUAUAAUAAUAUAUUUUGUACUCAUUUAGUAGGUUAAUUUAGAAAGAGUUAACAAUAUGCAUUUGUAUUUUAUUUCAAUUGAAUUAUACAUGUCUGUAUCCGUCAUUUAUCCGUGUUUAUUAUUUUAAAAGUACAAAGAAAUGAUCAUGAACCCAGAAAUGAACAUGUAUCCAGAGAGUGAUUGGGGAAGCAGACAUUAAUUUUUGGUGUCUCAUCAUAUUUUCUACAACAAUCAACUUUUUUUUUUGAAAAGUGAAAGAGUACUUUAUAUACUUUUAUGAAACAUUGUUGUGUGUCUUGAAAUGCAUUUCAGUACAUGUAGCUGCGUUUAUAACGCACUUUGAUUUUUUUUUCAAAGUGCGUUAUAAAAGUACAUUAACAUUUUUCUUAUCCAGACACUUAACACACUUUGAAAAAAUAUGUAUAAAUCUUAAAGUCUGGACUUGAAA